AAAAUUCUCGAUAUACUGUGAUAUUUUCUAUAGAUGUAAGCGACAUAACAGAACCUAACAAGUUCCGGAAUCUACGAUGGAGGUAAACGGUGUUCAUCGUGAUAUUACUGUUGAUAAGAAGGCAAUUGUCACUGAUCGUCUUCAGAAAAGGGAGCUAGAAAGACAAGAAGAUAUUCAAAGACGAAAGGAUGAGAAGGAUAACUCCGCUAAUGCUAAGGAAAGUACCAGGUACUUCUCCGAUAAUUUCAAUAUUCAACGGGAAUCCGUGGAAGAAGCCUUAGCAACAUGUAACGGGAAUUGUUCUGAUAAGAUCAUAUUGCGCGAGCGGUUUGAUUUCGUCGCUCAAUCCUACCAAAAGCUGCAGAAGUUCGUCGCCGAUUCUGUUAUGUUUCUGCCUUCCUACGAUUUAAGGCAGGCACAAGAAACCCUCGGCAAAUUGCAGGUUCAGAUCCAGGAAAAGAGGGAUCAAUUGCUGCCGAAGAAGAAAUUCGCGUUUAGCUCCAGAAAGAAAGUUGACAAGGACCCCCAAGUAUUGACUAACGGUGCUCAUAAGAUUAUAGAAAAGUCCGACAAUCUAGGCAUUGAACUUGCCGGUUGUAAGAUUGUCGGGUUUCAAGGGGUCACGCUUGUCAAAGAUAGCAGUGACAUCACUGGUAAAGAUGUCGCCGUGACCAACCUCAACGAUUGCACUUUAAAGCUUUUUGGAGCGCCAUCUACAGUGCAUAUGAAAAAUCUGAAAAACUGCACAGUUUUGUGUGGACCAGUUUCAAGUUCGGUUUUCAUCAGCGACUGUGAAGAAUGUGUGUUUGUUCUAGCUUGUCAACAGCUAAGAACUCACACUACAAAGAAUUCCAGUGUGUAUCUCCAUGUCACUAGUAGAGCAAUCAUUGAAGACUGUAAAAAUAUGGACUUUGCACCCUAUAGUCUCAGUUAUCCAGGUCAGAAUGACCAUUUUGACAAAUCUGGACUGGACAAAAAACGUAACAACUGGAAUGAUGUGGAUGACUUCAAUUGGCUGGCCAGUGAUGUCCGAUCCCCAAACUGGGCCAUCAUGGAAGAGGAGAAAAGAAAGAAAUUCCUCGAGGAAUGAUCAGAUGUUUUUAAUAAUCCCAGAGCAUACAGGUGCUCAUCAUGACAGCUGUGCAGGAAAAACUGUGCUGUUUGAUACUGUAGUGUCAGUAUUGACUCGAGGCAUGUUCAAAAUACAUAUGUUUAACUUCUGAAUAUGUCUCGGUGUAUUAUGCAGAUAAAAGGAACUUGUAUUUGGACAUUCCUUUCCAAAAGUUUUCUUUGAAAAUUUUGUGUCCACAGCAGUCAAAUGACAAACAAUACUUUAUUAUUUAAUUACUGAUUCAUCAAAUCUGGGUUGUAAGUUUAAUUAAUUGUCUUUAAAUGAAAGUAUUGCUUUCUUUUUUAUCAAUGUAUUUGUUAUAAGAGAAAACUACAUGAUUAUUGUGUUCACAGAAACAGGCAUAGAUAAACGUUCCUGAAAAAUAAAAAAAAAUGUUUGUAUUUAAUUUGAACAUCAUGUACAGGCCAGGAAUAGAUGUUUUCAAGUCUAAAAUAUUUUUAAAAAGUGGGUGUUUUCUAUUUCCCUUUAAUUUUUUUCUAAUCGAUAAACUGUUCAUAGAACGUCAACAAUCACAGAUAUAUCCUGUUAAAAGAAUCAGAAUCCAUGUUCUAAAUAAUACCAGGGCCAGUAGAAUUGUGUCUACCAAAUGUUCUAUGCCUGCACUGAAGACAUGGAAUAUAAAAUUUAACAUUUAUGGAUUUUUCAGCCCUAUUGACAAACAAGUCAUAGAGCAAAUACUGCAUGUGCAGUGUACAUGUAUACAUUGUUUACAUGUCUUUGUGAGUGACAACAUGAGACUGAGUGUACCAAAUUUUAAUGCAACAUAAAUUCCAGAUUAAUAAUCUCUAUAAAGUUACAAAAAAAGAAGUCAAUAUACAAUGUAUAUAGAAAAAAGUGCUUUGUCAUGUUACUUUUUGUGGAUAAUCACUUAUUUAUCUGAUAUAUACAUACUCGCAAGCAUGCAUGCAUGUAUGUAUUAGAUUUAAUAUGAACAGAUUAAGACAGACAUUCUCACUAAUUAUAAUUAGAACAAAGGUAGAAACCAUUGCAAAUUUACUUUUGUAUUGAAUUUAAAAAUGAUAAUGUCAUUAGUGUAAGUGUUACUAUACAUGUAUGUAUAAUGAGGGACUAAGAUAGUGUGCCACUAUUUACAUGUGACCUUUUAAGAUUGAUGGUUAGAUAUAUAUACAUUUGUUUUAAAAUUGAAAAAACUUCCAUUGACAAAAUAAUGAUUUUAUUUGUUGAUAUUCAGUUUAUAAACAACACAAAUAAAUUGAUUUAACAUG